GAAUGUCUCUGGUCUAUUGUUGAUGUUUCUGGAAACUGCAGCUGUGUCUGCCUUCGUGUUUGUGCUUCGUAAAGUUUAAUUUUAUAAGAAAAGUCUUUUAGAUCUGCUUUAUAUUGUGUUUCUCGUAAUAUAGAAACAUCAUACAACCAUGGCUCAUUACAAGGGAGCAGCAUCAGAGGCUGGCAGAGCCAUGCACCUGAUGAAAAAACGCGAGAAGGCUCAGCAAGAAGUAAAACUACGUAAAAAGAAAAUAGAAGAAGAUCUCAAGAUGGUGAAUAUUGAGAACAAGUUUGCUACGCACUACGAUGCUGUGGAGCAGCAGCUGAAGAGUUCCACUAUCGGUCUGGUGACUCUUGAUGAAAUGAAAGCAAAACAAGAACACAUAGUUCGGGAAAGAGAGAAAAAGUUGGCGCAGAAGAAAGCUGAGAAGGAAAAGGAAAGGCAGAAAGAGAUUGAAGCUAAACAAGCACAGAAGAACAAACAAAAGAGACAGAUUCAAGCAUUAUCGUUUGAUAUGAAUGAGGAGGAAGAGGAUGAUGACGAGGAGAGAGAAGAGGACGCUGCCGAGGAGUCCUCGGCCGAUGAGAAACCUCCAGCUGAUGAUAAGUCCUGGAGGGACAAAGAGGAACCGGUGUUCAAGAAAAUAAAAAAGAAUCCAGAUGUGGACACAUCAUUCCUGCCAGAUAGAGAAAGGGAGGAGGCUGAUCUCAAGUUACGAGAGGAACUUCGGCUAGAAUGGGUGAUGACCCAAGCAAGCCUUAAAGAUGAACCCAUAACCGUUACAUUCAGCUAUUGGGAUGGUUCUGGGCACAGAAGAAAUGUUACCUUGAAAAAAGGCAAUUCCAUAUAUCAAUUCCUACAACGAUGUCUCGACACAUUGAGGCCUGAAUUCAGUGAACUGAAAACUGUAUCGGCAGACCAGCUUAUGUAUGUCAAAGAAGAUCUCAUAUUACCUCAUCACUACACAUUCUAUGAUUUUAUAGUUACUAAGGCCAGAGGAAAAAGUGGACCACUAUUCCAGUUUGACGCUUCUGAUGAUGUGAGACUGGUUAAUGACGCUACCCAAGAAAAGCAGGAUUCACAUGCUGGCAAAGUGUUGUUAAGGUCCUGGUAUGAAAGAAACAAACAUAUAUUCCCUGCUUCGAGAUGGGAGCCCUAUGAUCCAACUAAGACUUACUCCAAAUACACAAUCAAGGGAAAAUGAAAUAGCACUAACAAUAAAAUUAUGAAGAUAUAAGCAAUUUAUUAGACAGUGUAGUGAACGCAAUAAUACCAACGAAUGUAUUAAAUUAUGUGUAUUUAUAGCAUGUUUCUGUUUUAUUUACUUUUUGUACUAAGAUAAUACAAUAACAUAGUACAUAUUUCGUUUUUAAGUAUGUAAGUCACCGUCAUGCCUGAAAUCGUGUGUGCUAUCAAUGGAACAGAAAAUAUGGCAAUGUAAAAAAGAAAAAAAACAUUUGUUAAUCUUUUUUAUUACUGAAGUGUGUCUGUACAAUGAUGAAGAUAAUGGAAACAAUAAAUAUUUUAGAAACUA